AUGUGCUGCCAAGCCGAUGUAUGGCUCUCCAAAUUGCACAAUAAGAAUUUUGAUGGUCUAACCAUAACUCCAUUUCAGAUUGUAGUUCCGACAAAUACAAUCAACCUUUUCUUUCAAAAGUAUUUUGUAUCUUCAACUUUAAAAAUUCUUGACCUUCCUGGUUUUAAUGGCAGUAAAUCUUUGACACACAUACUUUUUAAAACUCUGGAAACAGAAGACUUGCUGAUAUUGAAUUGUCUUGCUAUUGUCCUACAUGAUAAACCUUCUAGUGUCCUUUCAACUAUUAUAAUAUAUUAG